UAUCUUUUGUUAGUUAUUAACAGCAGAGAACCAUGGUUGUAGCACAGGUUUGGACUCUCAAGCAACACUUUGUGGGUUUCCCUAAACCUAGUGACUUUGAGCUAAAGGACGAGCAGCUGCCUGAACCCAAGCAUGGAGAGGUGCUAUUAGAGGCUGUGUUCCUCAGUGUGGACCCGUAUAUGAGGCCAUACAGCCGGAUGACGAUGAAGGAAGGAGAUGUGAUGAUUGGAGCUCAAGUGUCCAAGGUCAUCCAGAGCCAUAACCCUAGUUUCCCAGUGGGGAGUCAUGUAGUGGCCAUGUGUGGCUGGAGAAGUCACUAUGUGUGUGAUGGGACUGGACUGACCCCUUUGCUGCCUGACUGGCCCCAGGACAUCCCUCUAUCACUGGCCCUUGGGAUCAUCGGCAUGCCUGGCCUAACAGCCUUGUAUGGACUGGAGGAGGUGUGUCAGAUAAAGAAAGGAGACACUCUGCUGGUCAAUUGUGCCGCUGGAGCUGUGGGGUCAGCAGUUGGACAGAUCGCCAAAAUUAAGGGUUGCACUGUUGUGGGUUCUGCGGGGACGGAUGCUAAGGUGGCCUAUCUGAAGGAGCUCGGCUUUGAUCACGCCUUCAAUUACAAGACCGUCUCCUCGUUGGACGAAACCCUCAGAAAGGCUGCACCCAAUGGAUAUGACUGCUAUUUUGAUAACGUAGGUGGUGAUUUCUCCAGCGUGGUGAUGCCUCUGAUGAAGCAUUUUGGCCGUAUCGCUGUGUGUGGGAGCAUCUCUAUGUACAAUGAUACAACUCCUCAGAAAGGUCCAUACAUACACGGCCAUGUCCUCUUCAAACAACUGCGUAUGGAGGGCUUCCUGGUAACACGCUGGGAAGAAAAAUUCCAGGAGGGGUUCCAGAGAAUGAUGGCCUGGGUCAAGGAGGGUAAGCUGACGUGGACUGAACAUGUCACUGAAGGCUUCUCCAACAUGCCCGCUGCCUUCAUAGGCAUGCUGAGAGGGGACAACACUGGCAAGGCUGUGGUCAAGGUCUGAGGGCAGACGAGCUAAGAAAUGUGUUUUAUAGUAAAAUUACUUCCAUCAUAAAAGUGUUAUUGUGGUGAUUACGAAAGUCCUCAAGUUGUAGAAAAUCUUCCAGAAAAUGUCGAUUGAACGGAAUAAGAAGAAAAAUAAAUGAGUGAAUGAGUGUCUAUGAGUAUGUAUCAGUCGACAGUGCGGUCAGAUAGAUGCGGUCCACCCAGAUGAAUAGGCAGACAGUCUGACAUGUUCCCACUGUCCUUAUUAGUCUUAUCAAUUUCACCACUAAUUCAGUUUUUUAUCUUCAUUUUUACCUUCAGCUUUCCUGAAAUGAGGCUGCAAGUGUAUUAUAAACUGUAUAAUUUCUGUGUACUACAACAUUGUUUAUUAUGUGCAUUGUUGAUUGGUUGGUGUGCAA